GCCAUAGAGGACGUGCGUGAGCAGUGUACGUCGGAGAGCGAAAAGGAGGGAACAACGAUCGAGAAAGUAAGAGCGAAGUCCGCGCAGAAAAUUAAAGCAGAAGACAGUGGGCAGCCAUUUUUCCCUGACACUGCUGUUUCUGCAGUUCUGUGGUGCUAAUUGUCGAAUUCCUUAACGAUUUCGAGUUCGAGACUCGAGAUCCGGUAGGAAUAACAGGAGGAAAUAGGUGCUGUAAGACUGAGAGAUUUUCGGUGUUGUUUUGUGCACACACCGAGAUAAAAAAAUAAUAACUGUGCGAAGAGAUAACGAUAAGAGGAGUUGAGACGUCAAUGAUACGGCGUGGUGACGAGUGCGUGUGUAAAUGAUCGGCAUAGAGUAGUGGGGCUUCAUCGUAGUUGGCUGAGAGUGGACAGCCGAAAAGGAGAAGCUGUCUACAACAGGAAGGGUGUUGUAGGAAGACGACAGUGACGGCGACGGUGACGACCAAGACAACGACGACAACGGCUAAGAUACGACAACCACGGCAGCGAUCACGAAAACGAAGAUACGGCAGACCUACAUAGGUGUCAUUAUUCUGUGAUUCGUCUAGGGAUCCCUAGAAACUCGCCUUGUAUCGAAUCGUUAAGUAUCGCAAAGUGCACACAGUCACGCGCCACCGCGUACAUUAGCGCCACGAGAUGGAGAGGCGAGCUGCUUUUGUGCUGCUGGGGAUGCUAUAUUUAGCGGGCACCCUCGUCAUGGUCCAGGCAGUAACCUACAAGGGAGCAUCGGUCGUGCACGAGAAUCAACCUUGGUCGAUCGAGUGUAGCGACUUGAAGCCGGACGAUAUGAUCAGAUGGACCAGAAACGGACAAUCGUUGGAACCAGAGCUGGCUAGUGGUCAGCUGACGGUUCAAUCGCCGGUGGGAACAGGAAGCAGCACUCUGCGAGCAAUGCAUGCCACGGAUAGCCAUCAUGGGGACUAUAAAUGCACGCAAGACAGCGACGAGUUAUUCCAUCUAUGGAUAAAUUUUGAUAAGAAGAUCAGAAUACUUACAUCCACGGAUGUUCCAAUGACAUUAGAAUGCGCAAACAAAAGUGCAGGAGAAAAGCUGCAAUGGUUUAAGCAAGAUGUUCCCAUCCAUAAAGCAUUAGCUGGUAACGAAGAUUUAAUUAAACUGGAUAACGAAACAGGUACCUUGGAAGUUUUGAAGAUCUCAGAAGCUGUGUACGGAAAUUAUACUUGUAAAGGAACCAAUUAUACCACAAAGUACGGGAUCGUACCAAAACCUACUGCAUACCUUCCUGAUUCAACAAGUGUGGUGGAAGGAGAGAAGUUGCAUUUAACAUGUGCCGGUAAACAGAGUCCUGGUAUUAAGGUAUCAUGGACAUUUGGAAACCAGAAUUACACGCGCAGCGCUGGUCGCGUUAAACUCGGAUGGGACCAUGAAAGAAAUAUCUACGGAGCCGUCUUAAUGGUUGAGAAUAUCGAGAUGGACGAUCGUGGUAACGUUUCUUGUAGGGUAUCCUAUAACUGGUCCGAUACUGCUGAAUCUCACGUGGCAGAGGCCCAAACAUUCCUCAGGGUCAAAGACAAGCUCGCCGCACUCUGGCCCUUCUUAGGCAUUUGCGCAGAGGUUAUUGUUCUGUGCGCUAUUAUCCUAGUCUAUGAGAAGAAACGAAACAAGGCUGAACUUGAGGAAUCUGAUACUGAUCAGAGUCCUGACACCAAGCCAACACCCAACAAGGAUUCUGACGUUAGGCAAAGAAAAUGAAGGAAGAAAUAAAAAGCGGCGAACGAACGAGAGUGAUGCAGGAUAGUGGAGCGGAUGUGAGGGAAUAAUCGUGUGGCAUAUGCCGAAGUGACAAUAUAGAUAAUUGUUGCAAGGAUGAGAGACAGCGGGGUAGGACAAGAGAGACCAAAUAAGCAAGCAAACAAUUUUGCGAGAGAGAAUAAGAAAUGAAAUAAUAAAGAAAAGAAACGAUAAUAACGUUUUCAGUGGACUGGCUAAGCUCAGGAAGUGAAGCCCGGAUCCCCGGUUGUUCGAGCGUAUACCUGCGUGGAAACAGGCUUGCCUGUACACAGAGAAUGUUAGCGCGUGCGGAAUUACAAUUUACUAACAGAUUUAAAUUAAGCCUUAUUAUCGUGUUCACUCCAUUUAUCAAAUGUUCGCCUGUCCGUACUCUCUUACUACACUGCUUUGAUCGACGAUCGAGAAGAAAUAAAAAAAAGAAAAACGAUAAAAAAAUAUAUUGAAGAAAAAACAAUGUACUGCUGAUCUUACGCGUCGUAUGUAUCUAUAAAAAGAUAGGAGUGCGCGAGAGCGUAGAGAAGAUGGUAUAUAGAAAAAGAAGAGAAAAGAGAGUAAGGUUAGGAAGAAGAGAGAAUGAGAGAAAAAGAUCGAGAGGGCGUGAAAGAAAUGUUUUAAGUUUGUGUGUGUCUAUGUGUGCUUGCAUACGCUUGAAUGAAAGAAUGCAAUAGCGACGAACAGAAGUAAAAAAAAAAAAAAAACAAAAAAAACAAAAAAAACAAAAAAAGAGAAAAAAAAGAAAAAAGAACGAACUAGUCGAAACGGUGCAUACUCGCCAAAAGCAAACGUGCACGAGAAUGAAAUAAGAAAUUCGUUUUUAUUAUAUUUCCUGCUUGUACGAAUAAAUAAAUAAAUACAUACAUGCAUAUAUACAUACAUACAUACAUACAUACAUACAUACAUACAUACAUAUAUAUACCACAUUCAAAGCGCAUUUAUUCGUUAAGAUACUUUCUACAAAGAGUACUUGUUUCCCGUACUCUUUAAGGAUAAAAGUAUAAAUUCACUGUUCUGUUCAUGCUUUUUGGCGGGUAUGUCUGGUACGUGAUUCAAAGCGUGUAGGCACUUGUUUCUCAUACUUGAUGGAAGAAACGAAAGAAUAAUUUUAUGGCAGGACCGAAAUUAUGUACUCGAUACUAGUUAUAUAAUAAAUAGGAUCGAGGAAGGCAAUGCGUGCUAUAAUUAGCUUCCGAAUAUAUCAGACUUUCGAAGGAAGUAAAAAACAGCUUACCUGGUGGUGUCGCCUUAUAAUUAUAAUUAUUAUUAUUAUUGUUAUUAUUAUUAUUAUUAAUAUUAUUAUAUUAUUAUUAUUAAUUAUAUUAAUCUUAAAUAUUCCAUCGUUCAUGGAGAACACGUCGGAAGUCAUAGUUUUGCGCGCAACGCCGUUGUUAACGACGUUAAUGUAAUAUUAAUUCUGUAAUAUUAUUGCCAUCGUUACUACUGCUGCUAUUAUCGUUAUUAUGAUUAUUACAAGUAUUAUCGUUAAUUUUA